ACAGCUGUCGGCGCAGCGGGCUGAGUGUGAGGUGCUGCAGCUGCAGGUGACGGAACUGGGCUCGCAGGUGACGGAGCUGGGCUCGCAGCUGUCGGCCAAGGCGAAGGAGGCGUCGCAGCUGCUGGUGCAGGUGGCCACCCUGGAGGAGAAGGCCGCGAGCAAGGAGGUGGCAGUGGACAAGCUGCAGCUGGAACUUGAGUCGUCGCGGAGGGAGUCGGGGGAGACCAAGCAGAAGCUGGAACAGCUCGAGGCCACCCUGGGCGACCUGAAGACGAACAACGAGGAGCUCAGCCAGAAGUUGACAGAAAAACUGGAGCAAGAUGCAAAGGACAAAGCGCACGGACAGACGCUGGAGUCUCUCACGGCCAGAGUGGCCGAGCUGGAGAAAGAGCUGGAGGAGACGCGCGCCGAGCGAGCCACCCUGGAGGAGGCGCUCGCCAAGGCCGUGGCCGAGGUGGAGGCCGAGCGCGACGCUCUGGACGAGGCCCUGGAGGAGGCGCUCGAGGACACCACCGCCCGCUUCCAGAAGGAGUUCGAGGAGCUCCGGACCGUGCACGCGGACCGCGAGCAGCAGCUGCUCGCGGACCUCGAGUGGAAGCUGAGGGAGGUGCAGUCGGCCAGCAAGAAGAAGGUCGACGAGAAGGACCGCACCCUUCGGGAGCUGCUCGUCAAGGUCACCAACCUGGAGGAGGCCGCCGCGUUAGCCGAGAAGCACGCCGCGACCGCCAGGGCCGAGACGGAGCAGCUGCGGGGGCUCAACAUCGAGCAGCAGAGGGCGCUGAGGCUCAACACGAGGGACAUGGAGCAGCUGCAGGUCAACGAGAAGGUGCUCAAGGAGGAGGUGGCGAGGCUACGGGCCUCCCUGGACCGGGAGAAGGUGCACAUCGACACCAUCCUGGAGCGGCACUCGGCUGAACUCGCGGAGACGGAGCACGAGUACCAGGCCAAACUGGAGCAGACCAAGAAGGACACGGCCGAGCAGUGGCAGACGCGCAUGCACGCCGAGAUCAUCAGGCUGCAGACGGACCUGGAGCAGUCCCACGCCGAAGACAAGGUGGCCGCGCUGCACGCGCAGGCGCGCGAGCUGACCCAGGACGCGGACCGCGUCAAGCAGCAGCUGCAGCGCCGCCUGGAGACGGCCAACGCGGAGGUGGCCGCGCUCACCAGCAAGCUGAGCGAAAAGGCGGCGCAGCUGAACCGCGAGCUCGAGAAGCUGCAGACCAACGCGGACCGGGACAUCUUCGAGCUGCGGCGGCAGCUGGACAGGAUCGACCUCAAGUACCAGGAGCAGAUCGAGUCCAUGGAGAAGCGCCACGAAGAUGAGAUGGACAAGGCGCGCGCCGAGCACGAGCGGCGCAUGUCGGCCUGCGAGCAGGGCUACCAGCUGCAGAGCGCGUCCACCAGGGCCACCCUGGAGCUGGUCAAGGAGCAGAUGCGGCGGGAUGCGGACGCCUCGCUGCAGGAGCUGGCCGCCAAACACCGCGCCGAACAGGAGGAGCAGGUGCAGCAGCGGAACCGGCUCGAGGCGCAGGUGGCGCAGCUGACGGCGUCCUUGGACCUGGCCAAGGAGGCCGAGCCGAAGAGGGACCAGCUCGCCGUGCAGGUUUCAUCUUUGCAAACCGAGCUCAAGCAGAUCGCCAGCAACCACAAGCAGGCGCUGCACAAGGCACAGGAGGAGGCGCUGAAGAAUGUCAGAGCGAAAGAGACAGAGCUCGCCGAGCAGAGGAAACAGGCGGAAGAAGAGAGACGACGUCUGCGCGCCGAGCUCAGCAAGGAGGCGGACGACAGGGUGGCCAAAGUCCAGCAGAGGGUCGACGCCCUCCAAGCUCAGCUCAAGGGGCGCGCCGAGGACCGCGCCACCAUCGAGGACCUCCGGCGCACGGUGGUGGCCAAGGACGCCGCCCUGGAGAGGCUGAGGGCCGCCCCGAGGCCCGAGGACGCCAACGCCAUGCAGCAGCUGAGAGACGGCGUCGCGGAGCACAAGGCCGUCAUCGACAAGCUCAGGGCCUCUCUCGCCGAGCGAGAAAAGCAGCUGCAGGAAAAAGAGACUAUCCUUCGGGAGAAGGAGACCAUGGUCAAGGACCGGGACGCGGCGCUUAGGAAGUCACAGAGCAACCCGAGGCCGCAGGACGCGCAGAAGCUGGACGAGCUGAGGAGACUACUCAAAGAAAAAGACAUGGAGAUUCACAGGCUCAACAAUGAGGAGCUGACGUCCCUACGGAAGAAAGCCCAGGAGUCCGAGGCCGAGCUGCUCAAGGUGCGCGCCGAGGCCGCGCAGGUCCGGGAGUCCCUGGUGCAGGUUGGCGAGCUGAAGAAGGCGCUAGGAGAGAAGGAGGAUGCCAUUGCCAAACUGGGGCAGCAGCUCAGCCAGCGGCAGCGGGAGGACAGCAACAAGAAGCUCAAGCAGCACGCCCAGCAGAUCGAGGAGCUCAAGAAGGCCCUCGCGGACAAGGACUCCGGCCUGGCGAAGGCCGCCGCCGAGAUCGCGCAGCUGCAAAAGAACGCCACGGACAAGGCGGCGCAGAAGGCCAUGGCGGAGAAGGACAAGGCGCUGGCGCGGCUGGAGGCGGCGCGCGAGGCGCCCCGGCCCGAGGACGCGGCCAGGAUCGCGGAGCUGCAGCGGGCGCUGGCCAGCAAGGAGGAGGAGCUCGGCAGGCUAAGAGAGUCCUCCAAGAGGCCCGGAGACAUCACGGAGAUGCAGCGGGCGCUGCUCACUCGCGACGACGAGAUCUCCCGCCUCAAGGACGCGGUGAGAGCGCGCCACGGGCCGUACGAGGCCGAGCUCAGGAGGCAGCUCGCCGAGAAGGAGGCCGCCGUCUGCCGGCUGCAGGAGGAGAACAGGAGGUUCCAGGCGGAGCUGUCCAAGGACAGGACGGCCUCAGGGGUCACGCACGGGGCGCAGCCCGCACCGCCCCCGACCGCCAUCCCGGUGGCUGCAGUGCAGCCGCAACAGCAGCAGAAGCAGGCGCAGCCGCUGCAGAGUGCUCAGUACAAGCAGCCGCCACAGCAACCGCCACAGCAACCGCCCCUGCAGCAGCAGCCAUCGCCACAACAGCCACCCCCACAGCAGCAGCAGCAGCCUCAACCCACUCUGUACAAACCUCAGCAACAAACUGCCAGUCCACAAGCUCAGCCUCCGCCACAACCGCAGCCUCAGCAGCCGCAACACAGUCAGCCCGGCAAGGCGCAGCCCCAAAAGGCAUCCAAUCCGGAGCCUGAAGAAAGAAAGGUGGAUGCAGCUUGUGUGGUGUCCUAGUGACGGUUCUACAUCAACCCUUAGCUCUAAGACCUGCCCCACGCGCCCCGUCCCGACCAACCCUACAGUGCCCUUCAACGCAAGAAGGGCGGGAAGGGAAAGGGGCGCGGCACUCGGAAGAGGUAGCGGCCUGGCCUGCCUCGGCCUGGGCGGUCCGGCCCUGAGCCCGGCUCGCCACGGUCAGUGCGACGCGGCGCGACUCGCCACGGCCAGUGAGCCCCAGGUGGGCGUGCGCAGCCCUGGCGCUGUUGGUGUUUGUUGUUGUUGUUUCUUGUUGUUCCUGCUUGUUGCUGAGAGGCAUGGCUGGCAGUUCGGUCGUGGCGAGAGCAAACUGAAAUAUUACAAAAAAAAACAAAAAACA